AACAUUCAUGCGCGUCGACCACGCCGUAGUUCAAAGCUAAACACCGAUGCAUUAAGUUCUUCUAUCACGUAAAAGUUUAAACUAUUACUCCAUUCUGUUAUACGUUCAAAAAAGAUUUCUGUUAUUUGCACCGUGAUUUGUAACUCCAUACCUGAAAUAAAUAAACAGAACAUUACUUUUUAAAUUUAAAAAGGUUUAUUUUUGCGGUGGUUUUUUAUACCGAGUUCUUACGGUGUGAGAUGACCUAGAGUUCAUUGAGACAUUAAUUUAUUGAGCUGCACCAGAGAAUGAAAAUAAUUAUUCUCAGCUGAGUUAAUAAUAAAAAAUAAUAGCAGAUCACAAUAAUAAAAUAUAAAAAAUGGAUCUUGUUUAUAUGCCUGAAGUGAUGACCUACGGAUCAUUCAGGGCGCCAGUCUAUCGGGACUAUGAGCAACCAUGGAACAAAAACUAUUUCCAAUAUGGCAAAUCCGCGUCAACUACAAUGACAAGACACCAACAAGAGCUUUUCCAACAACAAAUACGAGCGAACUCUAAAAAGGAGCACUGCCAUUUGUGCAAGGAGAGCAAGAGAAGAUCUCUUGGUGCCUACAUAAAGGGCAAGAGCAGAUCUAUUUCAUGUAAUGAAAUUCAUGAAGAGGAAGAAGAAGAGGAGGCUGUUGAUAAUGCCAAGAGUGACAAUAAAACCCAGUCAUCUGCGACAUUAACUUGCAAGCCGACAGUUAAAAAUAAUGAGAAAACUGCCACUAACUUAUAAAUUACAUGUUUUAUAUUACUUUAGUUGUAAUUAUUUUUAAGUUUUUUUAAAGAGAUAUACGUAAGAUUAUUUUUAUAUAAUUGUUAAUUAUUUUUACAUAAUUAACAAAACGUUGGGGUAAAAAACCGAGUUAUCAAUAAUUUGGUAAUAAAUAAAUUUAAACGAAUACUGUAAUUUAUAGAGCGGGACUUUUUUUGCGUAAAUAUAAAUAAUGUUAAAGUAUUUGUUUAUAAAUAUUUUUUAACAAAAAAAAAUCACGUUAAUUCCGGAAAAAUUACAGUUUUAAAUAUAAGUGCCUCUGCUUUGAAAUUGUAAAAAUCACACGAUUUCUAAGACGUAGUAAUUAUAUGAUACUGAAGUUAGCAGACGUGUAAUAAUUUUUGGAUUUUUUUUUCGACGAUAAAAAAUUUUAAAAAAAUUAUUUGAAAAAAUUGCACCUGUAGUUUUUUAAAUUUCCUACAUGUGCAUAUUUUUAUAUUAUUUUUUUGCAGUUGAUUUAUUGAAAAACGAAAAUUCAAAAAUUUUUAAAUGUCUGCUAACUUCAGGAUCAUAGGAAUUAUUACAGUUUUAUUCAGUCCCUUUUCAAUUAAAAAUUCAAUAAAAACUGGAAAAUUUGAUAUCCAUAAUUUUAAUUACUUUAUUACGAGAAGUAGUUUCAAUUAUUGCGUGCGAACUUCAAGUAUUUGAAGUUUUUUUUUCGAGGGUCUUGUUUUUGAACUCAACUGUAAUUUUUCUGCUCUUUUUUCCGUGUAAAUUUUUAAACUGAAAAUAAAAUUUGAAAGCCAAAAAGGCGGGUAAUUUAAAUUUACUUUAGCUUUUGAAAUUUUUAGCAGUAAAAUAAGUCCCCGAAUCGAAGGGUAAUAAAAAUUUGAAUUUUUUAAGCGCGAAAUUAUUGAUGACUUAAUUAGGACUUAAUAUUUUUUACUAAAAUAAUUUAAAAUUAUAGUCAUAUAUUAUGAAAGCUUAAUAAAACAUUGAGUAUUUUUGUCACGAUAUUGUUUUGAAUGAUAAUAAGUUGAGUACACAAUUUAAAUUAAUACAUUUAGUUUGAUUUGAUAUGAAAAAAAAUAUUUUUAUUAUAAAUAUUUGUCAUUUGAAUAAAUUCGAGUAAAUAAGACAAGGUUCGAUUAAAAAUAGUUACGAUAAUUAGCUCACGUGAGUUUUGAUUAUAAAUAAAUAUAUAAACUAUAUGAUUAUGAUGUCUAGGAAUAAGUUAAUCAAUAUUAUUGUUUACUAAACUAAACGUGUUUACUUUCGGUGUUUGAUAAAUAUUUUUUUUUACUCAUAUGAUUUGAUAGAUUAUUUUUUGACAGAUUGAGACGCAUAGAAUCCGAACCUUGUUGACUGUCGAGACAUUUAGCAAAAAAUUUAAAAAAUAAACUGGAGAAAAAAUUAAUUUGUAUAAGAAAUACGGUAGUAAAAUUAAUUAAUAUGAUAUUUAAUUAAUUAAAAAUAAAUGUAAUUGAAAAAUCUUUUGAUAAAGAAGAUAAAGAAUAAGACUAACAAUGAAAAAAAAAUAAACAAUUGAUAUUGGGUCGUAAAUUUUGAAUAAAUUAAAUUUCAAAAUUGAAAAUUUAAUUUUAUAAAAUACUUGGAAUAAAACAUGUAUGGUAAUUGUGCCGUAAAUAUAUGAGAAAGAUUUCGUAAAUCCCAUAUAUAAUAUUUGCCAAAAGUGUAUUCACCUUAUAUUUUUUUUAAGAAAUAAAGACUGACGGCUGUUAGACUUUGAAAAUAAAAUUAUUUACUUUAUCUGUUAUCUAUUAAUCGAAUAUUAAAUAGAUUUACUAGUUGGUUAAGAAAAAAAAUCGUUAUUACAAUAAUUAUAAUAAGUUAUUAGUGUACGAUUAAUUAUAAAUUACAUGAGUAAUAAAAAAAUUUACGUACAGUUGUACAAAUAUGAAUUCUUACAAGCAAUAAAAAUUAAUAGAAAAUAA